AUGAUGUGGUGGGCUAUCUGGUGUGCGGUCGUAGUGGCGGGAAGCGCGUGUGCGGAGGCUGCGCCGUCGUCAAGUGCGCUCGCGCCAGCCAUCGACUGGGCACAGAUAGAAUCUUCCGCACCUGACGACGAUUCUCUCGGCUACGCCGUGCCUCCGAUGGGUGGACGUUACGCUGCCGACUCGCCGUGGCUCUAUCUACUCGCUGAAGUUCCUCGCGAUUCUCAGGGCCAGAACGAGCGAUUGAAGCGUCGCAUGCCUAUGCUGUCAAUCGACAUGCCUAUGUCGGUACUGCGACACAAGCUGAGCCUAGAGAAAGAACGGAAGAUCACCGCACAACGAGCUUUGGCUAACCGGAAUUUCUUAAAUGACAUUGGUAAACGAGGAUUCAUCAAUUUGGCGGAUCUGCGUGAGGGUCGUCCGAGGCCGAAACGCAAGAUGCCGUCGCUGUCCAUCAACAACCCCAUGGAAGUGCUCCGCCAACGACUUUUACUCGAAGUGGCCCGGAAGCAGAUGCGCGAGGCGAACCAGCGACAGGCGGUCGCCAAUCGAGUUUUCCUGCAAAAUGUUGGAAAACGAGGUUUUUGGUCUAACUCAGCACCAUCUCGCUACGACAAC